GAAGGAAGAUGAUGGGAUAUGGCAGCAAAUUAUUGGGCGUCUUCGCAGAGACACCAUUGGCUGUUUACCAGAUCCCAACUCGAUGAAACGCACCAAGAUGACCUACGGCUAUGCACGCCCGACGAACUUCGUUACUUGAAGAUCUACUUUUACGGACUUAUACUCCGUCUUGGUAAACGGUUAAACCUGCGCCAACAGCCAAUUGCGACGGCAACAGCGUACUUUUCGAGGUUCUAUACAAGGGCGCAAUACGUCGAAACGAACCCGUAUCUGGUUUUGACCACAUGCCUCUACCUCGCCUGCAAGACCGAAGAGUCUCCCGUGCAUAUACGCACGGUCGUAGCCGAAGCUCGGCAUAUAUUCCCGGAACAUGUACCAUCCGAUACCACCAAAGUCGCCGAAUGCGAAUUCUACCUCAUUGAGGAAUUGGGAUCUGAUCUCGUUACGUUUCAUCCGUAUACUACGGUGAUACGACUAAAAGAGGUAUUGAAGAUUGCACAAAAUGACUUUGAGACGAUAUGGACGACAAUCAACGACACGUAUUCAACGGACCUCAUCCUCCUACACCCACCGCACAUCAUCGCAAUGACAGCAAUCUACAUCACCCUGAUCCUCCCACCCAUUCCCUCCCACAAUUCGGUCUCUCACGCCGUGUUCACCAUGGAAAGGGAGGUUGAGAAAGGGACUACGAGGGAUAAAGACACCUUGAUGGAUUUCUUCGCAAAGGGUAACAUCGAUAUGGAGGCUGUCGCGGAAUGCACGCAGGAGAUUAUGAGUUUGUAUGAGGUGUGGCAGGGUUUUCGGGAGAGGAGCUGUAAGGAGGUGGUACAGAGGAUGUUGAAAGCCGCGGUGGUGUGACGGGGAGGAGAGGGUGGGAACAUCACAAGUCUUGGCACGCCGAUAUCGAUGUCGGACGAAGCGGACGAAGUCACAGCCCCGAUAACAAACAAAUCAGGCAACAUCAAAGCUUAGCAUCGCAAUAUAUAAGUUUCCCAAC